CCGCGCACCACAUCUUCCUUGACUUUCCUUUCUCCGCAUCUAAGUAGUCACUAAACAUGGCGACCGUACAUCCCUCACGCAUGGGUUUGGUCCCACAAGACCCAAAAGAUACUUAUCUCGCUCGCAGACGUGCACGCUCCCCUUCACCACGAGCACGUAGCCCACCGCGACAUAGUGAACGAGAAAGAGACAGCGGCAGAAACCGAGCGCGGGACCGCAGUAGAGAACGCGAAAGAGACAAAAGGAGGGAUGAUAGUAGGCAUCAGGACAGGGAUGGAGGAGAUGACAGAAAAAGAGAUGAUGAUAGACGACAGCGCGACAAGAGCGCUGACCGAGGACGAGAUCGUGAGAGGGACCGAAGCAGAGAGCGGCGUCGGGCAAGCCCUGAAUACACUGACUACAAGCGCCCUGCUACGCCUCCGCCUGCUGAGGCUCCGUGGCGGAGUCAGGAGAAUCUGUACCCUAACCGACAAGGGAGGGAUAGACCACCGCAUGCUGGUGGGUCGUAUGGUGGUGGAGGGAGCGAGUAUUUGGAGGGUCGUCGAGCACAAAGAGAUGCUUCGGCACUAAGCAUUUGGCCUCCUUCUCCCAAGGCUGCAACAAGAACACUUUCACCUUCCCGCGAUGCAAAAUCUCGCAAAUCUAAACGUGAUCGGUCACCAACCCCCACUGACUCCUCUGACAGCGAGGAUGAGCGCAGGCGGAAGAAACGCAGAGACCGAAAACGUGCGCAGAAAGAGAAAGACAGGGCUGAACGAAGGGAGAGGAAGGAAAAGAAGAGUCGAGCACCUAGCAGGCACCGGAGCUACGACAGUGCGGAAGAAGACCGAGAGAGAAGCAAGACCGAGAGUCAUCCUCGCAGCCCAAGUCCUAGCCAUACCCCAUCGUCCCCUCAUGCACCCGAGGAGGACGAAUGGGUGGAGAAACCUGCAGCUGCACCAUUUGCCUCUUCGUCCUCGGUCGGUCAGAGUCUUGGCUCUAUGCCACCGCCAACCACUAUCCCGUCGCAUUCUGGAGAGGCGAUGGACGAGGACUCUGAUGAGGAUGUCGGACCCCAACCGCUAUACAAGGUUAUCGCGAAGAAGUUCGAUGAACGCGCUUAUGGUAGUGCUCUACUUCGCGGUGAAGGUAGCGCCAUGGCUGCCUUCUUGCAGGACGACACCGACACACGUAUUCCACGUCGUGGUGAAAUCGGUCUUACCUCGGACGAAAUUGCUCAAUUCGAGUCAGUUGGCUAUGUAAUGAGUGGAAGCCGGCACAAGCGCAUGAACGCAGUGCGUAUGAGGAAGGAGAACCAGGUCAUUAGCGCGGAGGAGAAGAGGGGCAUAUUGAAGUUGCAGAAAGAUGAGAGGCAGAGACGAGAGGCUAUACUUAGGGAGGAAUUCAGUGAGCUUGUGACGGAGAAGCUCAAGGGGCCGCAAGUGCAGCCAAAGUGAAGGCUAUUA